AUGCCCACCCAAAUUCAACAAGACGACGGUUCCACGCAACCCAAAAACACGGAAAAAGACACGGAGAACAUCCGGGGUUCAGUUGGUACAGAGCAGACCACGGCCUAUUCUGAACAUCCCACCCUGACACAUUUUGCGAAAUCGCCCUUCUACGCCCUAUGCGGGGAUGAAUGGGUUCUUAACGCAAAGCAGCUGUGGCUCGCGGCUGAGAUGGGUUUGAUUGCCUUGCCGAAAGUCACGGAGCGGCAUAUUCAAGACAAGAACAAGACCCAGGGCAUAUCGACCAGUCAAAGCGAGGCGGUGGCGCUGGCCUAUGCCGUCUGCGCGGUCUUCACUUACAUACUCCAGUGA